UCUCAGUUCAGGUUUUACAGGCUGGGUUUGAAGUCUUUUUCCUAAAAUGGAGAGGUCAGAGCAUCAGUUGAGCGGCACUGUUUUUCUCCUCUCUCCUGGGAACAGCAGAGUCACACAGUGACCACAGCACAGCAUCGGGAAUAUAAUGUUAUCCGUCCUGUUGGAUCUUUGGAAGAGACUUUUAUUUUCCAUUUUCCAAGGCUCAGACAAACAAGCCAACAUGUAGUUGUUUUUAUUUUUAUCCUCUUUACCAUUAUCUAAUGAGUGGAUGAUUGUCAGAGAUGAGAAUCUGAAGCAGAGAAAAUAAUAAUCAUGUCGCUGAUGUUUGGGAAAGCGAGGACGUGUAGUACUGCUGACAGAGGUCCUGCUGAGUGUAACCUGGUGCUGCUCGGUGUCCUGGGCUGUGGGAAAUCAGCUCUAACAGUGAAGUUCCUCACCAAGCGCUUCAUCAGUGAAUAUGACCCUCAUCUAGAGGAUAUCUACUCAUCAGAAGAGAUUGUGGACCAGCAGCCAGUCACGGUGAGAGUGAUGGACACCUGUGACCAGAGGUGUGUUUUGUCUGUGUGUGUAAAGGAGGGUCCAAUGAACAGUGAGCGUUAUUUGUCAUGGGCCAACGCCUUCCUGGUGGUCUACAGCAUCGACAACAUGGAGAGUUUUAAAGGCUGCCAACUGUACCUGCAGACACUGGCCCUGCACAACAAAACCUUCAGGCCUCAAACUCCCAUCAUCCUGCUGGGCAACAAGCUGGACAUGGACAGAUACAGGCUAGUGAGUCAGUGUGACGGCGAGGCCCUGGCAUCUCGUUUUGGCUGCUUAUUCUUUGAGGUGUCAGCCUGUCUGGACUUCCCAUCUGUGCAGCAUGUCUUCUAUGAGGCUGUGAGGAGGGCGAGGCGGGGAGGGGAGCGUGGUCGUCUGGUACCAGCUGUCUACGUCAGUGAGGACAAAGCGCUCCUUGGUGUCCCAUCCUUCACCACUCCCUGCUACAAGGAGCUGCCAGCCCCCGCCACGGCCAAACUGGUGACCGUGAAGACAUCCAGAGCUCAGAGCAAACGGAGGGCCGCCACACUCACCCUGCUCAAAGGAUUCAAGAUCUUCUGACACCCCACCCCCAAACACUCUCCACUGACACUGUGAAAGGCUUACACUGAUCACCCCCAACAUUAAAACCUGACAGGUGAUCAUCUGGUUACAACACAACAUUCUACUAGGGAAACCUUGGGUCCUUCAUUUGGAUGUUGCAGACCAAGCACACACACCCCAUGGCCACAACACUCCCCAGUGACAGGGGCCUCCCCCAGCCGGACAGUUCCCCCACCAGAACACAAAAACUGCUCAGAGCCCAAGAGCCCAAGGUGUUGACCUGGCCUUCAAACUCUCCAGAUUCCAAUCUGAUCCAACAUCUGUGGGAUGAUCCAGAAAACAAGCCAUAUACAUGGAGGCCUCAUCCUGCAACCCACAGAACCCAAAGGAUCUGCUGCCCAUAUCCUGGUGCCACACCACAGGACACCCUCACACCCUCUACACUAUAUUAGACUGGUGAUUUUGAUUUUGUGGCUGAUGAGUGUAUACGACAACAUUAUGGACACAGUGACAUGAAGAGCAGCACCAUGAAAAUCCUGAGGAAAUGAUGAUGAAUGAUAGAGAGAGAGAGAGAGAAGGUGGGUUCUGAACUUCUUUCUAAGCUCUGUGGUGGGAAGAACAUAUGAAGACCCUGCCUUUCAGACAACACUUUAGAUGUGGUCAGAUAACAUGUCUUACCAUUUAGUAUGUGAUAUUACCUGAAGUAAAUGGAACUUGUCAAGUGUCAAAGACAUAUGGUCCAGAUAAAUAUAUAAUUUCAAUGAAUGUAUGUGUGAUAGAUUAAAACUCUUAAAUACAAA